AUGUCUAGAUCUAGAGAAUUGAGCAGACAGACUGCUGUUUCUGUUAGAGAUGAGCUGGACGCAGUGUCUGCGAUUGCUGAGAUGCCGCAAAUUGUUAUUGAAGCAGUUCCAUCUCGUCAUUCGCAAGCGACAAGAAAUUCUACAGCUGCAGCUGGUGAUGUAGGUGAUUUUACUAGUAUCUUGACUGAUGAACGAAGUACAGCAACAGCAAUAACUCCAGGAAAUGGCAAUGAAGAAAGAGACAGGCCUAAGGAUGGACUGUUUAGCAAUCCAGAAACUAAGCAGUAUAUUGAAAAGCACAGGUUGAAUAAGGUUAUAUCAAGUCUUACUCAAACGUUGCUCAAGCAGCCACAGUUGCCCUAUAAUCCGUACAGGAGAUUUAUUAACUGGAUAAGAAGCCAUUCUGAGAGGUUUGUGAUUAGGUCACUUCGGGGAAUGUCCAUUGAGUCUGCUAUCAAUGCAGAAGUUACUGAUACAACCGAGUGGCUCACUUGCUCAGCAAAAUCUAAAGAUGUAUGGGCACUUGAGUCAGUGUUACAAUGUGUCAGUCCAUCAUCAGUUUUGAAGUACAAAUGGAUUCUUGACUUCAAUCAAAAGCAAGCACAGAAAACACUUCAGCGCUUACCUCACUUUGAUGGUCGAAUUGUGUCAGCUCUUGUUGGUCCAUGUGUAUUUGCUGGAUCCAUUAUUCCUCAUCCAUCACCUGUUAUAAUCAGACUUGAGUAUCUCAUUUGGGGUCAAGACAACUACAAGGCCAUUGAUCUAUUUGCUAACAGUGUUGUGAAAGAUAUUACAGAAACAGUACAGUCUAAGUUAAUGAUAGCAGUUGAGUUGAAGAUUAAAGGUUACACAACCAGACAUUGGUCGUCAAUAAACAUUUUACAGUAUGAGACUGAACUUAUUGAUACUGUGAAACGAGAGACAUUGGAUCAACAAACUGUGAUGCUUGAGUGUCUGUUUCCACUGUCAGAAUAUUCUGCAGUAGAUCAGCUUGGAAUGAAGCAGUACAUUUUGACUUACACUGAACUUUCAGAUGAAAGGCCAGCCCAGUUGCACUGCUACACCAAAAUUCCUCUUAGUACCCUCUAUAGUGGAAUUUUCUUUAGCAAACAACAUGCAUAUGGAUAUCUUUCGGUCUUUCUUCCAGCAAGUGUUGGUCUUAUGAAUGAACGUGAUGGAAGAAAUAAUCAAUUUCUUGCAGUCUCAAACAGACAUUUAUCAAACACAACCCCUACAGUAGGCACAAGCACACCUGGAGAUGUAAGGACAAGAAGGAUAACUGCUAGACCAUCUAGGCAGAAAGUAAACCUUCCUCUUGGAGUAGAGAAAGUUGAUCACAUGAGUCCAGAUGAUCCCAAAGUUAUUGUGAAGUUGAGGGAACAGUGGAAGAGAUCAAUUGCUGGAUGCAAUUUUCCUGACAGGAUAUUUGAUAUUGCACUGAACAUUUUGUCACUAGCAACUGUGGACAGGAACCAGUUUGUUCCAGAAACAUUACCGCAGAUUUGUAAUAUGUUUUACAGCAGUGCAGCUCAUCUUUCGUAUAUAGUCCGAUUUGGGAGAGUUCUUUAUCAAGUUCUGUCCAACAGCAAUGAGCUGUCUCAUCUGGAUCGACUAAUGAACUCUGUUAUUGUGUUUCGAGAUCAAAUUUUAGAUUUUCUCAAUCCUGCUGCGCCAUACAUCAGAACAGAUUACCAGUCUUGGGUCACUCAUGGUCUUCUUGGCGAUCGACGCUCUCAGUACACCUUAGGUGGACAUAUCAUUGCAUAUGACUUUAUACGAGCAAAUUUUGACCAAACGUUAGGUCACAAGUUGAUGACAGCUUCUCCUACUGAACGUAUAAGAAAGGUGGCAAACUGCAUUUUUAAGUCCAUUUUGUAUGUUCACGUUAUACAACUGUCACUGAUAGAAGACAUUGUUGUACACUGUGAUGUGAUACGGAGCAUCCAAUUUGAAAUAUCACAGGAGUAUCCCACUAUUGUCUUUCAGCGUCCAAGAACACCUCUCACUAACACAGACAAGAAAUUAGAGAAAAAGAUUACUUUGCAGGGUUUUUUUGGUGGAAAGACGGUUACAACUGUUGCAAUCAGUGAUUGUCAGACAUAUCAUCAUGGUGCAGAAGACAAGUUGAUGUUGAGUAGAGAUCAACUUUUACUCGAUGUUGAAUUGGCUGUGAAGCGCUCAACAGCUCCACCAAGGAUCGGUCGAGAGUCAGUGCUGCUUCAAUACUGUGUAGACGUUCGACUUGAUGAUACUCUUCAUGGGCUAUUAUUUGACUUGCUGUCUGAUUCACACUUGCCACCAAAUCCAUUUCCAAAACUUGCUAACUGUCUCACCCAGCCAUUGUUGAAAAAAUUGACAACAAUAAGAGUGGGAUGUGACUGGACUGCACGAGGAAUGCAGCUGUGGCAUGAAGCACACAGCAAGAUAUGCUCACAUUUAAUUUGUAAGUCAAUAAGAGAGGAUGCGAAAGGGCAGGAAUACUUUAUAUAUCACGUUCCAGAGUGCAGUGCUUAUGGACACUACAGCUCUUUGGCAAUGAUUAGUGCUCAACAUUACAAAGUUGUUGCAAAGAUUGCACUGCCAUUUUUCUCUGCGAAAACUAUAGCAAUGAUUGGCAACUUUAAGAUGACUGUUGACACUGCAAUAAGUGGAUUCACUCAUCUCUAUGGUCGCAUGUCACCAUACCUUUUGAAUGUCGACCUUAGAGAGCACAUUUAUGUGGAAGGUCCCAAGUUUAGUGAGGAUGAAGUUUUGACUUUGUUUGCCAAAACUAUUCUUGAUGAUGUAAAUGAGCUGCAGUUUAAGAAGCAUCAGCUGGUUACAGGUCUGGUUAUUGGCUCUACAGAGGUGGAUGUCUUUAGUAUCAUUGACUCCAACAAACGAGAGAAUUAUCGUGAUGAAAUUAUAGAUGUGGGUCGAAGACAACAAUCUCUGUUUAUGAAGGCAUACCAUGUUAUGGACUGGCGUUAUGUGUUAGUUGUCAAACACUACUGUCUGCAUUAUUUGACUGACUCGCACACAGAGUAUGUAAGCUUCUUUCCUGAAAAUCCUGUUGCUUUGUAUCAAAAUGUUUGGACACUUCAAGAGAAAGCUAUCAGGCAUUUUGUGUAUAGUUUGGGUUCGGAUGCAGAUGAUCCUUUUGCACUUGUCACAACUACUGACACACUGAAAUACAUUGAUCAUCAACUAUCUCAAUGUAUUGACAAGAUGGAUCUACUUGAUGCUUAUCGCUGGAUACUAACAAGGGCUCUUGCAUUGAAGCACAUGGAUGCGGGUGAGAUACCUGAAGUGUGGAGGUUGCUACAUGGUGUUGCUGGUCAGCUUGAAUAUCUCCAUGUGCUUAGUACUGCCAUGCAAGAACUCGUUCAGUAUGAGUUGAAAUGCUUGGUUGCUACUGGCACCAAUGAUGGCAUGUUGCAGGGUGUGGUACAUGUGGACGGAGUGAUUACAGGGAGAAUGAUAGAUGCGUACAGACAGAAACUGGAAACUGUACUGUCUUCAUCUUCUUGUCAUAUGGGAACAAGGACACUCAUCAAUCAGAUGCAAGACAGAUUGAAAGUUGUGAUGACGAGGGAUGCUACAACUUGUGCAACAGAACUGGUGAUCAGUCCUCAGGCUGUUUCUGUGUUGAAUGACGUGGAUGUAUCACUACAACCCAUCAUGGUCACAUCUGCAGCAGAAAUACAUGCUAUGUGUACCAACUCUCAACAGAUUUUCCAGUCUGUCCAACGUGAGGCUAUCAGUAGAGGAAGCAGACGGUCGGUAAACCAAAGCUAUACCUGAUGAGAUUUGGUGUAAUUUUUGUACUACAUUGGCUUGUACGUUGUACAUUGUUUAUUAUAUUUGUUGUGCUUCGGGUGUACUAUAGUAUCUGAGUGGCUAUAUAGGGAGGAUGUGAAAGUACAAUGCAGCGUGAAGUAACGUUGCUGAGAGAUUGCCACUCUGUAUGACUGCAUGUCCUAAAUGGCAACAGAGAUAUUAGACAAUG